UCUCCUCUCCUCUUCCCCUCCGCAGCAGAAGCCCGCUGACAACAGGAUGGGUCGCGCGGAGGAGAAGCAGCAGCAGCAGCAUCAGCACCACGAGCACAAGCGUCGCGAGCCGCUCCGUCUCCGUCCAGGUGGCGCGAGGAGGACGAGCUGAUCCCGCGGAGCAGACUCAGAAGAAGGAGGAGGAGGAGGAGGCGGUGGUGGAGGAGGAGGAGGAGAAGAAGACAGGAGGAAGGCGGAGGAGGAAAUCCCGCGAGAAAAGAAGAGACAGACAGACACAGAAACACGCAGAGAGCGGAGAGAGAGAGAGAGGAGUGCGAAAGCGCCGCACGUGAGGUGCGCGAGACCCCCGGGGAGAGGGGACUAAUCGUUAAUUUGGAGGAGAGACGGUUGUUUUUGUUUAUUCCUGCGCAGACGGAGAGAGAAGGUCUCCGACAAACAGACUGGCCAGAUGAAUCCCAUGACACAGUUGUACUACAAGAAGGCGACAUACUCGCCAUACCGCGACCGCAUCCCGCUUCAGAUCGUCCGGGCUGAGGUGGAGCUGUCUGCAGAGGAGAGGGCCUACCUCACCGCCGUGGAGAAAGGUGACUAUGCGGGUGUCAAACAUGCCCUCCGGGAGGCGGAGGUCUACUACAACAUGGACGUGAACUGCCUGGACCCGCUGGGCCGCAGCGCGCUCCUCAUCGCCAUCGAGAACGAGAACCUGGAGAUCAUGGAGCUCCUGCUCGACCACGGCAUCCACACGGGCGACGCCUUGCUCUACGCCAUCAGGAAGGAGGUCGUGGGAGCUGUGGAGCUGCUGCUGUCGCACAGGAGGCCCAGUGGCGAGAAACAGGUUCCCUCACUGAUGAUGGACAGUCAGUUUUCAGAGUUCACCCCGGACAUAACUCCCAUCAUGCUCGCUGCUCACACCAACAACUACGAGAUCAUCAAGCUCCUCGUCCAGCGGAAGGUCACCAUUCCCAGACCACACCAGAUACGAUGUGACUGUGUCGAGUGUGUAUCCAGUUCAGAGGUCGACAGUCUUCGGCAUUCAAGGUCUCGACUCAACAUCUACAAGGCUCUGGCCUCACCCUCCCUCAUCGCUCUGUCCAGUGAAGAUCCCAUCCUCACUGCCUUCAGACUGGGCUGGGAACUCAAAGAGCUCAGCAAGGUGGAGAAUGAGUUUCGUCAGGAAUACGAGGAGCUGUCGCAGCAGUGCAAGCGGUUCGCCAAAGACCUUCUGGACCAGGCCAGGAGUUCUAGAGAGCUGGAAACCAUCCUGAACCACAGAGACAACGACCAGAGCGAGGAACUAGACCCCAGGCAGUGCCACGACCUGGCCAAGCUCAAACUGGCCAUCAAAUACCACCAAAAAGAGUUUGUGGCUCAGCCCAACUGCCAGCAGCUGCUGGCAACACUGUGGUACGACGGCUUCCCGGGCUGGAGGAGACGACACUGGGCCGUCAAACUGGUCACCUGCUUCAUCAUCGGACUCCUGUUUCCUGUUUUCUCACUGAUCUACCUGUUGGCUCCGAAGAGCUCUCUGGGACGCUUCAUCAAGAAGCCUUUCAUCAAAUUCAUCUGUCACACGGCGUCCUACCUGACUUUCCUCUUCCUCCUGCUGCUGGCCUCGCAGCACAUCGCCCGCACCAACCUGCACAUGCAGGGACCUCCACCCACCAUCGUCGAGUGGAUGAUCCUCCCAUGGGUGCUGGGGUUCAUCUGGGCGGAGAUUAAGGAGAUGUGGGACGGGGGAUUCACAGAGUACAUCCAUGACUGGUGGAACCUGAUGGACUUUGCCAUGAACUCUCUCUACCUGGCCACCAUAUCACUGAAGAUCGUGGCCUACGUUAAGUAUAACUCCUCUCGUCCCAGGGAGGAGUGGGAGAUGUGGCAUCCCACGCUGAUAGCGGAGGCUCUGUUCGCCAUCGCCAACAUCUUCAGCUCACUCAGACUCAUCUCCCUCUUCACCGCCAACUCUCACCUCGGGCCCCUGCAGAUCUCACUGGGGAGGAUGCUGCUGGACAUCCUUAAGUUCCUCUUCAUUUACUGUCUGGUCCUGCUGGCGUUCGCCAACGGUCUGAACCAGCUGUAUUUCUACUAUGAGACAAAGGCCUCAGAGGAACCCAACAACUGCAAGGGCAUCCGCUGUGAGAGGCAGAACAACGCCUUCUCAACGUUAUUUGAGACUCUCCAGUCUCUGUUCUGGUCGAUAUUCGGGCUGCUGAACCUGUACGUCACCAACGUGAAGGCCCGGCACGAGUUCACCGAGUUCGUCGGGGCGACCAUGUUCGGGACGUACAAUGUCAUCUCGCUGGUUGUUCUGCUCAACAUGCUCAUCGCCAUGAUGAACAACUCCUACCAGCUCAUCGCUGACCACGCCGACAUCGAGUGGAAGUUUGCCCGCACUAAGCUGUGGAUGAGUUACUUUGACGAGGGCGGCACGCUGCCGCCUCCGUUCAACAUCAUCCCCAGCCCCAAGUCCAUCCUGUACCUGCUCGUGUGGCUCCACAACAAGCUGUGCAGGAGAGGCCAGCCGCCCGGGGACGACACACACAAAUGUGAAAACCUCCGAGAGUUCACCGAACGCCACGCCGACAGUCUGAUACAGAAUCAGCAUUACCAGGAAGUGAUCCGGAACCUGGUGAAGAGGUACGUGGCGGCCAUGAUACGCAGCGCCAAGACGGACGAGGGACUGACAGAGGAGAACUUUAAGGAGUUGAAGCAGGACAUCUCCAGUUUCCGCUACGAGGUCCUGGAUCUCCUCGGCAACCGGCGUCCUCCCCGGCGAAAUUACUCCUCCUCAAGUGAGACAGCAAAAGACGAUGGCGCCGUGGCCUCAGAGGAUGACAGCGAAUCAGGCGACGGCGGCGGAGGCCAGAGGUCAAAGGGCGUGACCUUCAUGACCCCGUUGGAGGACGACGCGACGCCGUCACCGACGCUUGGUGUGUCCGCCUUGGUGCGCUCCAUUUCUGGGAUGACCCGAAUAGAAGGAGGGGGAGAGGGGGAGGAGGAGGAGCUGGAGGAGGGCAUUGGAUGGGGGGAAGAGGACGAGGAAGAGGAGGGGAAACCAAAGAGCAACGGGCUGAAGACGACCGUCAUCCCUCCGUCCUCCACCACCGUCCUCCCCUCCCCGUCUUCGUCAUUCUCCUCAACCUUCUCCUCAUCAUUAGCUCGCACGAGGAGCCGCCUGCAGCGCCUCUCCACUCCAGGAACAAAGGCGGACUCUUUCAAGCGCCUCUCCUACCUGUUCUCACGCUCCAAACGCAAAGCCCCACCCAUGCCUCUCCCCCUCCAGUCCCCGCCCUCAUACACCAUCUCUGAUGGGUUGCUCCGCCCCCUGGGAACCCACAGCCACUCCGACUUCGGACUCAGUGACGUGACCAGAAGCGAGACUCACCUGAACGAGGUGGGCCGCUCAGUCGACAUCAAUAACCCCUCGUUCUCCCCGCGGAGAACAAACGGGCGGGACUCCCUCCUGACGCUGCCCCUCCCUCCCCCUUGCCCCUGCCAAUCCCUGCACUGUGCUUCCAACAUGUCCGAGUCCAGCUCGCGCCUCCUGGACUCCAGCGAGGACGUUUUCCAGGGCGGAGGCGUGGGUGGAGCGCGCGAGGGCGGUGUGGAUGGAGGAGGGGGAAGAGGAGGGGUGAUGAUGAUUGGCGGGUGGGUGGGACCCUGCGAUGAUGUCAUAGAGGACAGCUGUGAGGUCAUAGAGGACUCUGUCACCACGCAGCUAUAGGAGAGACGGACAACCAAACUGUUUUUCUUUGUUUGUUUGUAAAAUGGCUGAACACAUUCAGAGGGAGACACAGAGAGAGACGGGCGGGGGAGCCAGGUGUCAACGGAAUCUGUUAACUCGGCAGGAUGGGUUCCAGAAUUGUGCGGUGGAAUGCUGGGAUGCGGCAUUUCUGAAAAGGGAGCGUGCUCUGUGAUGGUUCAUCAUGAGGACAGAAGGGAUCCUGAAAUGGCAGAUGUUCAUAAAUAUAUUUUGACACCAUGGUUGGAAUAUGGUGCAGACAACAUUAUCAGCUCUCAGCUGAAAAAGAACCCACUAAACAAUUUAGCUAACAAGCAAGAUACUAACCUAGCCCGCUAACAGGAGGGCUAACUCGCUAUAAAGCAAGGGAGCUACCAAAGUAUAUCUCUAGUGAGCGAACCCGCCAGACAGUGAGCUAACUAGCUAGAGAGCGAGGUAGCGACUAAAGUAACUCGGCAGUGAGCUAACCCACCAGUCAGUGAGCUAACUUGCUAGAGAUCAAGGUAGCUACCAAAGUAUCCUGUUAGUGAGCUCACCCACCAGUCAGUGAGCCAACUAGCUUGAGAGAGAGGUAGCUACCAAACUACCUCGCUAGUGAGCUAACCCGCCAGUCUGUGAGCGAACUAGCCAGAAAGAGAGAGCUACCAGCUAACUUGCUAGUGAGCUAACCCAUCAGUCCUUUAGCUAACUAGCUAAAGAGCAAGGGAUCUACCAAAGUAACUCACUAGAGAGCUAACCGCUAGCCAGUAAGCUAACUAGCUACAGAGAGAGGGAGCUACCAAACUAAUUUGCUAGUGAGCUAAGCCACCAGUCACUGAGCUAACUAGCUUAAGAGCAAGGUAGCUACCUAAGUAACUUGCCAGUUAGCUAAGCCGCCAGUCAGUGAGUUAACUAGCUAGUUAGCUCGUAAAUUAGGAGCAGAUUUUAAGCCAAGCCUUUCUUUUUACCAACAGUGUGAGAUUCAUGACUUUCAUUUGCAGUAAAAACUGGAUUUCAAGCUAAUUAAAAUUAGCUCCCAUUGUUAUUAAGGGCCUUCCACACCAGGAAUGAUAACUAUAAACAUCUGGCAUCUGCACUGAUGAACGGUAAUGUUCUAUAAAGUGUUUUUAAUCGUCUCCUCAUCUUUGUUAAUAAUAAAACACAAAGACUGUGGUUUUUAAUUAAACAAGAGUGGGGUUUUUUCACAUUGACUUUCUCCACAAUGUCAUCUGCCAUUUUGAACGUGACGCCAAGUAAAUGCGGAUGACUUUGUAUUGGCUGUCAGUGUUUGUCUUUCAUCGAAUUGUUCUGAAAGAAAUCCCCAUAAUAUCGUUCUGCCAUCCGCUUGAUUUAGUUUUUAAAAUGAUGAUUAUCAUACUCAUUGUUACAGGAAUCAUUCUUGGUGUGGACGGCCCUUUAUUAUCACUUUACCUGAACUUUUCCGGUUUUAGGUUUUACGUGAAAUAGCUUAUAGUCUCUGGGAAUGUUUUACAGUCAAUAAACCCUCACAGUGUAAAAGUUCAUAACACAGAGAGUAAUAAUUGACUUUGAGUUAUAUUGGUCUACGUUUCAGUCACAAUCAAAAAAAUCACGCUAACCUGUCCUUAUCAACAUCUGCCAUUUUCCACAUGUGCCACAAGAGAACAAAGGACGAGACAUAAAGGGAGAGUACAAAUUUUUUUCUUCUGGGAGAUUCAAACACGCAUGAUUAUAACGGAAUUACAAGCAUCCAAAGUGACUUUGGUGUGUUUGGUUUUCAACGCGAUUUCUUCUUUCCCUUUAACCAAACUUCAGAUCUGCAAUGGAAUAAAAAUGGAAACAGAUUCCCUUGAAACCACUGGAAUUUGAAUGGAAAGUCAGCUCACGUUACCUUCAGCCAAAUGGAAUGAAACCAGCGUCCACGUGAACUUCAAGUUGCGUGAAUCAAAUGGGACACACGGAAUAACCUCCCCUUUAACUCUGGAUGGAUGUAAUGGAACGGCAUGGAACCAUUGCUCUGCUGCCGAUAGCCUGCACCGUCUCUCUCUGCAUCAACA